ACAUCCAUCAGGCGUUUAUAAAACAUGGAAACACAUCACUAACGAUGGAGGAGUCAUUAGAUCGUGAAGCCAACGCCAGCUCCUCUGGUUUUGACUCGGCGGCCAUAUUGAAUGACGACGUAUCUCCUACCACCAGCUUCUGUUACAAUAUACCGAAUCUCUUUAAUGGUCUUGGUCCCGGAUCGGUACUCUGCGAGCGUCCUGAGACAGAGGUCAAUGACACGUACACGUCAAACCAGGAGCCCUCUGAGGAGGCUGGUGACAACCAACAGUAUGAAGACGAUGAAGAAUAUUCACCUAAUAGUAAGAUUCUAUUUUAUUCAGGUUCAAAGAAUGACAUCCCUAAACGUAAACAGCGAAGAUACAGGACAACAUUCUCAAAUGUCCAGUUGGAACAGUUGGAAGCAGCAUUUCAUAAGACCCACUAUCCUGACGUAUUCUUUAGAGAAGAGCUGGCUAUGAGGAUAGAUCUUACAGAAGCUAGAGUACAAGUAUGGUUUCAAAAUCGUCGCGCGAAAUGGCGUAAACAGCAGAAGGCUGGCUGUGAACCGUACCCUCCGCGAUCCACCAGGUCACCAGAUCCUAGGUCUCCUUCAGCUCUGGCUCUUGAGAUGAGAGACUUCAUUACUAUACCUGUGUCAUCAUCACAAAUUAUCAAUUUAGCGGACACAUCUAAUCAAAAUAGCUACAUAUCAAAAACAACGCAAACAGCCAUACAGAUAUCAGCGUUACCAACUCGACAGAACAGCCAAGUUGACCUACCAUCGUUUUCAAUACCACUACAAUAUAAUCUAGGUUCCUUCAAAAAGUUAGACGAUACGCAGUUAGACCUAGAAGCUUCGACGUCUGACCAUCAGGCUCAAAACCCUUGGGAUACUAGAAUGAUGCCGAAUUUUAAUUUAAUGAACAUAAAACCACUUUUGGAAAAUCGUGAUAAUUUAGAAAUGGCAGAGGUUAAGUAUGAAGUGAAAAAUGAGAAUGUGAGAUCAUACAACGAAAUGUCAAACUCGAUCCAAGCGUCUAUGGAACCAGAAGAUAUUUUAGGUAAAGAAUCAGUAACUGAAGGUCAGACGAUUUCUCCAGAUUUUGAAAUUGAAAGAUAUCAGAACUAUCAUAGUGAAAAUGAAAAACGGUAUAGGCAAUCAAGUUUCGACGAUUCAAUGAUUGAAGAUGGUCGAAAUGAAUUUGUAUGUGAUAAUGAUUUUCUCUGUAAGAACAACUUUGAGAAGGUCGAUGGGAAACGAAACGACUUUGAAGACUGCCAUUUGUUGGACACUGACAACAACGUGGCUGUUAAUAUAAGUAAUUUCGAAAGCAAUAUAUAGUUACCAUAUGUCAUAUAUUUACUCGUAAUGAUUUAAGUACGUUAAUUUUUAAUGUUCUUUUUUUUUGUUAAGUAAAUAAACGAAUCUAGUCAA